CUCUCUCAUCUCAUCUAUUCAAGAGCAACGAUGGAGACCAAAGAGGAGAGAAGCUUCAUGGAUAAGGUAAUAAUCAAGUGGUACGAAGAUCCAGAAGUCCUCCAGAUGGUGAAGAAGAGGGUUUCAACAGCGACAGCGAUGAUGGAGAUCGACAGCAUGAAGGACGUCACUGCUGGUCAGAAGAAAGUCAAGUGGUUCGAGAAUCCAGAGAUCCUCCAAAUACUGAAGACGAUGUUUGAUCCUUGGCUGAACGAAGAUGGCAUGCCUGACGCCACCUCUUUCUUCAGCCGUUGCCCUAGAGGCUUUGAAGAGAAGUUGGUGCGGCUCUACUAUCGAGAUGAUCCAGACAUCCGCCGUAUGACGGACAAGAGGUGGGGCCCUCAACUGGACGAAGAUGGCAAGCCUGAAGGCCCCUCUCUACGCAGGAUCUAUCCAAAAUGCUUUGAAAAAGAUUUGCUUGAAGCUUGGCCGACGUUGAAAUCUACUUUAGAAGAAUACGGCAUUUUAUGCAUAAUUGAUCUGGUUUUUUGUAACCUAGUAUUCAGAACAACCAAGAAAACAGACCCAGAUAUUAUUCCCAAGGCCAGGGAUCUUGUUGACCUUUUAUCAAAGAGUAUUCCUAUACCUCUGGCAAUGAAAGUCCUGGGUGAAAUUCAGUAUGAAAUGAUCAGGAUUGGGCAUAUAAGUGGUGGUCUUUGCAUAAAAUUUGGGAUCACGCGGGACCAAUAUGUCGAACGACGGAAGCUUCUCAUGGGUCCCUCAGGCUUAGAGGCAAUUGCAGCACAGCUAGACUGCCAUGUUUUCUUCCGCGAAGAUUAUAUCAUUGCUUUAGGUCCAUUGCGUUGGUUGAAAUUAGUAAAGAAAAUUGCGGGAGAUUGCAUUCUUCACAAAGUGCGUCCGACUUGCAUUAUCAACACGAUGAAACGUGACGCGCGAGUGAUGCAGAGUUUUAAGCAUUUGCAUUUAUGAAGGAUUUCAUAUAUAUCAUUGUGAAACCCUAAUACCAAUUCACAUGAAGAAUAUUAGUGUUCCAACUUAAGUAUUUGUGUUUAUGUUUUUAGCUUUGCUACAUUGUUAGUAGUAACGAUUUUCUUUAAGAAAAUUUCAUUCCAAAGCACUUCAGCCACAAUAAAAAACU